ACGAAUGUGAGUUUAAAAUAAACGUUAGAAACCGAAAGUUUCACACCGGCAAAAUUCGGGGCAGCCCUGUCACGCUUCAGACAUGGCGACGCAGAUGGCGGUAAAUUCAGGAGCCAGUCUGUGGGGCCCACUGAAGGAGCUCUGGGAAGCCGUGGAGGGGGCCAUAUGGAGACGACAGCCAGAGAGUGUUCAUCUUUUAGAUCUGCAGUUGAAGAAACACAAACCCUCCUUCCUCACCCUCUUCAAAAACCCAAUGAAGAGUGCAGAACAGAGAGAGAAGGUUCGGAAAGCCAGCACAGAAGGCAUUGCUAUUCAGGGCCAGCAGGGAGUGCGACUACUUCCUGAGCAGCUUAUCUCAGAAGCCUUCAUCCUUAGUGACCUUUUUGACCUGGGAGAACUAGCUGCCCUUGAACUGCUGUUGGCAGGAGAGCACCAGCAGCCUCAUUUCCCCGGCCUGACUCGAGGCCUGGUAGCUGUGCUCCUUUACUGGGAUGGCAAACGCUGUGUGGCCAACUCCCUUGGCUCGCUCAUCCAGUCCAGACACGGGAAGACUUUCACACUUGACUUGAGUCCUGAAUUGGUAAAUCUCACCACACGGUUCACAGAUGAGCUGAUGGCUCAGGGUUUGACCAAACAAAUCCUGAACUUGAUCUCAGAUGUCAGUGUGACCCGAGAGUUUGAGAGGCUUCAGAAAGAGAGGGGCCUUGGCAAUGAGAAACACAGAAAAGAGGUAUCCGACCUCAUCAAAGAGUGCCGACAGUCACUGGCAGAGUGUUUGUUUGCAUGGACAUGCCAGUCACCUCUAAGCAAAGAGGACACCUUGACCCUCAUCGGUCACUUGGAGAUGGUGACAGCAGAAGCUGAUGGCUCAUUGGAUAGCGUUAACCUUGCUUUAGUCAUGUCGUUGCUUUAUUGCCUGGAUGUUAGUUUUCUGGAGCAAGGAACAGAGGAUAGAGAAGACUUGCUCCAGGCCUCGCCUCUACUGACGGAGAAGCAGUAUGUGGCUGCAGUGCACAGUCGGCUGGUGGAGGGUCAGGGCUGGAAGCUUCCAGGACUGCAGGCAGUGGUUCAGCUGGCCUGGGCUCUGUCUCUGAGGGCCCUGUCACAACUUCCACAGGGUGCAGCUCUAGUGGAGUUUACAGAGGCAGAUGAGGCUCUGGCGGACCAGGCACUGUUGGGAGGUGUCUUCCUCUUUCUGACAGAGGGCAUCCUAGGAAGUGAUGACUUCAGCCAAGAAGAAUUCUACACCCGCCGACUGCAUUCUCUCAUUACUGAUUUCCUGGCUCUCAUGCCAAUGAAGGUGAAGCAGUUGCGUAACCGUGCUGAUGAAGAUGCUCGACUGAUCCACAUGGCUCUGCAGAUGGGCAGCGAACCACCAUCAUCUCUACGCAAGGACCUGGACCACCUCAUGAUACUUAUUGGAGAGUUUUACAGUAAAGAUCCAUUUGAACUUGAGCUGGCCCUGGAGUUCUGGUGUCCAUCAGAGUCUCUUCAGCACACUUCACUCACCGGAUCUUUUCUUGGAGUACCACUCCAAAGACCCCCUCACAAACAGGUGGUUCUCUCCAAGUUUGUGCGUCAGAUGGGUGAUCUGCUCCCUGCUACUCUCUAUAUCCCUUACUUGCGUAUGCUGAAAGGACUUGCUAAUGGUCCUCGGUGUUCCCACUAUUGCUUUAGUCUGCUUAAAACCAAUGGAGCUCCCCAUGGAGAGAACCGGCAGGCUGGAAUUUCAGGCAGUGUUGUGUCAUGGGAGCACUUUUUCCAUUCUCUCAUGCUCUACCAUGAGAACCUGCGACGAGAUGUGUCCAGUGCCGACAGCAUGCAGUACCGCCACCCACCCAUCAGAGGCAUCACUCAGAGAGAGCUGGAAGGCCUCACUGCAUUCCUCCAGCUGCUUACCACUAUCAUCACCUGGAGUGAGAAUGCGCGUCUGGCUCUUUGUGAACACCCUCAAUGGACGCCUGCGGUGGUGAUGCUGGGAUUACUGCAGUGCAGUGUUCAGCCCGUGCUGAAAGCUCAAAUCUUGCAUGCGCUUGCUGCCUUUGGCAAAUCUCCCGAGAUCGCUGCCUCCCUCUGGCAGUCACUGGAGUACACACAGAUCCUGCAGACAGUGAAAGCCCCUGGACAGAGACAGGCUGCUGGGAUUGAGGUGGAGCUGAACGAGAUUGAAUCGAGCUGUGAGGAGUAUCCUCUCACAAGGGCAUUUUGUCAUCUGAUCAGUACUCUGGCGGAGAGCGCACUUCCAGUGAAUCUUGGAGCAGGACUGCGUGCACCAGGCUUUCAGCCUUUUCUUGACUUCCUGCGUGACUCUGUGUUUCUGGCCUUCCCCACGCGUGCCUACCGUCGACCAGCUGAAAAGUGGGAGGUAGCUGAGGCAGUGCUAGAGGUGUUUCAGAAACUUCUGAGGGAAUAUGAGCCGCAGCCAGCGGACUUCUUGCAAGAAAUGGUGGAACUUCAGGGAGAGCAAGUGCUGGCAAAUAAGCCCCCGGGGCACAGCCUGAUGUUUCACCUGCUGAAUGACUCGCCCACCUUCUCUCUCUGCCUCAGCCUGCUUGAGGAGGGCGCUCGCCAUCUUGACACCUAUGCCCCCUUUCCUGGAAAGAAGCAGUUGGAGUCAGCAGUGCUGCACUGUCUGUGUUUGUUGGAGCUGGCUCUACAGAAGGAGGUGACGUUUAUGGAUCUGCUGAGAGAAAGUCAGACAUCGCUACUCGUUGCUCCUGUGGAACAGCUCCUGCAGGGCGUCAGUGCUCAGAGCAGACGGGCUGAUCACAUCACCAACAUUGCCAGGUAUUUGUAUCACAGCAGUUCGAACCCUGAUGCUGCUUUCCAGAGUGCCAAGAUUCUGCGCCGUAUCGCACGCUACCCAAACAUCCAGGCCAGACUGGUUGGAGACUUCACACAUGAUCAGGCUGCGAGUGAGAAGUUGAUGGCUGGUUUUGUGGAGUGUCUGGACAGUGAGGAAGCUCAGGAGGGAGUGGCCACAGACGACUCAGACCCUGAGAAACGGGUAGGCAGGAUUCGUCAUGAAAUCAAGAUCCACAUCCUGAACCUUCUGAUCACCCCUCUGGAGCUAAAGGGCCCCAAUCUGGGCCUGUAUCUGCUGGGCUAUGAAGUGAAGAAGCCAGUUUCCUCCACUAACCUGCAGGACCCAGGUGUUCUUGGCUGUCCACGGAGCUGCCUGCAUGCGAUCCUUAGUCUGCUCCAGAGGGGCAGUGAGUGGCGCUCUGGACCUGUGCUUACCAAACAAGCCCCUCAACUAGCUGAACUCUGCUACCAAGUGAUCUAUCAGCUGUGCGCGUGUCCUGACACUUCUGGGCCCACCAUGCGAUACCUCAGGACCAGUCAGGACUUCCUGUUCUCUCAUCUGCAGCACCUGCCUUUCAUUGUACUGGAGAAUGAGAUCGCUGCUCUGUCUCAGAUGUCCUGGCUGAUGAAAACUGCAGCCAUUGAGCUCAGAGUGACCUCACUGAACCGCCAGCGCUCACACACACAGAGACUGCUCAACCUCCUCCUCGAUGACCAGCCACACACACUACAUGCAGCAGAUGGAGAGACAGGCAUGGAAGAGGAGAGUAGAUCAGUCAGUGGUUUCCUGCAUUUUGGCACGGUCUCCAAAGUACGCAGGAGGCUGCUGAGCGUUCUGGAUGCCAUAGACUUCAGUCAGGAGGCCCCGGAGCUUCUGCAGCUGGACUUCUUUGAGCGUGCUCAGAUUGAGCAGGUCAUCACCAACUGUGAACACGUCAAUGAGCAGGGACACACGGUCUGCAACGUCAAGGAGGUGAACUCAAUCCUGCAGCAGGUGGUGGAGAGGAACCACGUGCGGUGUAGUCUUAGUGCCAAGCGUCAUGCUUUGCAGAGCUGGAGGAGUCUGGUGGAGACUAUCCUUACGGCCUGUCCUUCAGAGCUCAUCCCAGCCGACCAGCGCCAGCUGAUCAUCAGAGACCUGCUGCUGGAUCUGCACGACAAGGUGUUAUCAGAGGAUGCUGCUGGUGAAUUGAUGCCAAUUGUAGCCGGGGCGGUCUUCACAUUAACAGCACACCUCAGCCAAUCAGUGCUGUCUGAGCAGCAGGGGGCGGGGCCAGAGGGUGGAUCUGGAUCAGGAUUUGCUUCAAUCGCUAACUCCGCCCUCCACCUCAUCCUGAGGAAGCUACUGGAUUUUACCUUGUGCACAGGUGGAGGUUUCCAACGUCUACGGGCUCACCUUUAUGGUGCUCUGCUCUACUACCUGCAAAUUGCCCAGAAACCUGAGGAGCCAGAGACACUGCAGACAGGUACCUCCAUGUGGGAGCGUUUGACUGCUCCUGAAGAUUGUUUCUCCAAGCUGCAGAGAGAGAACCUGGCCAUCAUCGAGAGCUACGGCACUGCGCUCAUGGAGGUGGUGUGCAGAGACGCUUGUGACGGCCAUGAGAUUGGCAGGAUGCUGGCUCUGGCUGUGUUGGACAGGGUGCUGUCUAUAGACAGACAGUGCCAGUGGCUGGUGUACCUAUGUAACAGCGGGUACCUGCGUGUGCUGGUUGAGAGCUUGAGACAGGACGAUGCUGACCUGCAAACUCUGCUCACACCUCAGCCUCCACUGCUCAAACCACUAUACAUCUAUGAGUCCAAAAUGGCGCUGCUGACCCGUGUGGCUAAGACCGCACAGGGUGCAAUGGAGCUCCUGUGCUGUGGGCUGGUCGGUCAGCUGGUGGAGUGUCAGGUGUUUCACAUGCUCCCUCAGAAUGACGCACUCAGAGUGUUUGGGCAGAGAGAUCCAUCAGGGUUUAUUCCUAGUCCUCUAGAGCGAUACAGACAGAUCCUGCUGCCUACCCUCAGACUGAUGCAGGUCAUCUUGACCUCCACCACCACGCAUCACCAGCAGGGGGCGGCACAGGUGCUGCAGUGGCUCAUUGUUCACUCUGAUGUCAUUCAGUCCAUCCUGCAUGGUCAGGAUAUGAGUAUGGGCGCUUUACAGGAGCUCUCUCUCCUCACUGCCAUCAUCAGCAAGACCGCACUGCCAGGAGCCCUUGAGAUGGGACAGGAAAUCAACAGUGCCGCCCUGAUGGAGUUACAGGGACACAUUGGCAGAUUCCAGCGUCAGUCGUUGUCUCUGCUGGUGCGGAUGGUGGGAACCGAUCGUGCUCGCUACCUGAAGCAGAUCGAGGAGACCUUCUCACCAGGCGACCUUGCAGAAAAGAGAGAGGAAAUGGAGGUUUCCAUGCAACAGAUUUGUGCCAAUAUAAUGGAGUACUGCCAGACGCUACUGCUGCAGAGCUCAGCCGAAGCCCAGUUCUCUCUCUGCCUGUUCAGCCCGUCAGCAAGUGAACCAGCAGAUGUGGCCGUUCCCUCUGCACGGGUGCCCAGUCUGGGAUUGGUUCUGCUCCUGCUGAAGAACAGCGCCACUGACUUCUUCCGAUAUCAUGACAGCCACAGACAGAGCCUGAACAAGCUGGAGCGAGUGGAGCAGCUUCCCCCUGAGGAACUGAAGGAGCUGUGCCAGGGUCUGGUGUCUGGUUCUGGUGGAGUGGAAAAGAUCUCAUCAGUGCAGAGAAACGUGCUUGCCAAGCGCCGACUCAUCCUGCUGGUCAACAAUCGAGCCAAACUUCUUGCCCUCUGCUCCUAUAUCAUCGAGACAUGCCUGUUUGUGAUUUGGCGCCAUCUAGAGUUCUACUUGCUGUACUGCACUCCCACUGACCCCAAAGACUCGCUUCUGCCAGGUUACAGAGAUCCUAGUGGCAGCAGAGGUUUAAGUGUGUCAAGAGUGAGCCAGCAGGAUCUUGAACAGUUGCAGAGUGACGUGGCGAACAGCUUCAAUGAGCCAUUACAGAGGAAGCUGCUGGAGGUAGAGGGUCUGUAUAGCAAAACCUGCUCCCGUCACACCUUCAUCCAGGCCCUGACGCGCAGGAUCCGAGGCCUAGUGCAUCACGCCAAAGGCUAAACCCUCACAUACAUGUAUAUUACCUCAAAAUAGUGCAAAACAUUACUCUUUUGUAUUAGGAAGCAAAUAAUUGCUUUUUGCAGUUUUGAUUACUAUCAAUCAACACAUUACAUUUUCUUGCUCUGAAGAUCUCUUUAUUGGAAAGCUUUUUUCUAAUGUCGUAAAUAAAUGGUUUUCUAAACAGACAGUGAAUUUUAUUUUUUUUUAUGAAUCAGGAUGCUAAGUACAGUCGCUUGAGCAAAUAAAGCAGUUUUUGUUUCUGUUGAUUUGCAUAGUCAAGAGCAGAGGCACAAAUCCAUUGCAGAAUAAUCUUGUUUUAUUUUACAAGGUACACUUUAUAGAAGGCAGUAAAGUGCGUUAUCUUCAGUUUCAUUUGUACGUAUAAAACAGGUUCUGUCUCGGUUUUGAGAGCUGAUGUAGCUUUACUGUGCAAGAGAUUCUGGGAGAGAGAUAACUAGCAGACUACAUUCAGAUUGCAUGGUAAGGGUUCUUUUGAAUGGCAACAAUGAGCAUACAUCCAUUUUUUAAUACAGAAACUCACGUUCAAUAUACCAACCUAGUUGCUUCCAUAGUUUGCAUGUAAAAAUGUGUAACUACAUUUAUAAAAGUCAUAGGCACGUCCCAUUCUGAAAAUAUGGACUGUGGAAUCAACAACUGGUUGACAAGGACAAUAAUAUGACAAUUCUUAGCUGUGAUACGUUUCAAGGUCAAGUAGCUUUUAAAUUGUUUAUUGUUACCACACGGCAGAGUUUACCAGAAACAUCAAUCCAAAUAGUGGUUUCUUUUCUUUUUAAAUAAAAGUCAAGCCAAAUGAAUUCC